AAUAAAUCUGCCUUUCCCCCGCAGCUCAAACAGAAGAGGCCAACCGUUGGCAGGAAGACCAAGAAGGGGGCUUCAUGGAAGUUCACCUUGGACCUGACCCACCCUGUGGAGGACGGGAUCCUGGACUCGGCCAACUUUGAAACCUUCCUCAAAGAACGGAUAAAGGUCAACGGCAAGACGGGGAACCUGAGCAACGUGGUCCAGGUCGGCCGCAUGAGGAACAAGAUCAACGUCACGUCUGAGAAGCACUUCUCCAAAAGGUACCUGAAGUACCUGACGAAGAAGUACCUGAAGAAGAACAACCUGCGGGACUGGCUGAGAGUGGUGGCGUCGGACAAGGAGACGUACGAGCUGCGUUACUUCCAGAUCAGUCAGGACGACGACGAGGAGUCGGAGGUGGACGAGUGAACGCGGUUCUGUCGGUUUCAGGGGAAUAAAUGUAGAAAAUA